AUGGCUAUAUUCUUACAUGUUAUAGGACAUAAUGAACGUUUUCGCGCGGUUAAGGGAAGAUUUCAUCACUUCACGCAAACAAUUCAUCAAUGUUUUCAUGAGGUCCUAACUGAAAUGAUGUGUUUUGCAAAAGAAAUUAUAGUACCAACAACUCCUAAUCCAACAAGACAUAACUCGGAACGACAUAGACGGUUAAAAAAUAUUUUUUCCGGAGCAAUAGGUGCAUUAGAUGGAACUCUUGUACAUGCGGUUGUACCCGUUGAUCAACAAACUCGUUAUAGGGGACGAGGAAAAGGAGAAUGUUUUCAAAAUGUUAUAGGAAUUUGCGAUUUUGAUAUGAUAUUCACCUUUGUUUGGGUUGGAUGGGAGGGUAUAACACAUGAUUCAAGAGUUUUGAAAGAAAUUGCAUUCAAUUCGACUUCUAGAUUUCCAUUUCCUCCACCAGAUAAGUAUUACCUUUGUGAUGCCGCAUAUAUAAACACACGUGGGUUUAUGGCUCCAUACCGCAAUAUUAGGUAUUGGUUAGCCGAUUUUAGAAGAGGCAGACCUUUAACUAGAGAAGAAAGGUUCAACUAUGCUCAUGCAAAACUUAGAAAUGUUAUUGAGCAUGCUUAUGGUGUUUUGAAGGCGAGAUUCCCAAUCUUAAAACAAAUGGUUCCUUAUCCUUUUACAGUGCAAAGAGACAUUGUCAUUGCUUGUGUCGCGAUCUAUAAUUUUAUAAGGAAAUACAAUAUAGAAGAUGACUUGUUUAGAAAUUUUGAGGAGGACACUAUGGUCACUCCUGACGUCCAAGGUGGGGGAAUUGAUAGAGAAAACAUAAAAGGCAUAGAAUGGGGUCCAGAAGCCGUUGAAUAUAUGUGUGUUUUGCGUGAUCAGAUUGCAAAUCAACUACUUUCACCUACUUUACGUUAA